AUGUGUAAGCGAAACUUACGCGCUUUUUGUCCUCCUCACGUUCGUCUCCUCCUCCACCCACCCCAUCCCACCCCUUUCCCUCGACCCUCCCCUCUCCCUCCCCUCUCCCCCCUCCCACCCCACUCCCUGUUCCUUUCCAUGUUUCGCUCCGUUCGGCUCGGUUCUGCAGAUUCAAGAUCUGCUGCGUCCAUCGAGCUCCAACAUGCAAAUACGGGAGAGCGAAUUCAAGAUCUGCUGCGUCCAUCGAGCUCCAACAUGCAAAUACGGGAGAGCGAGAACGGGGUGUACAUCUCGGGGGUGGAGGAGGUGGAGGUGACGUGCGUGGAAGAUUGCCUCAAGCUGCUGGCUGUGGGCGAGAGGAACCGCACCGUCGCCUUCACAAAGAUGAACGCGCACUCGUCGCGCAGCCACGCCAUCGCGAUCAUCACAGUGGAGAAGAAGCGGCGGAAGGAAGCGGAGAGCAGCGACUCUGAGGCGCAUUCUGGGCCUGCAACUGCUACAGCGGGGCACGGGAGCGACGAGCACCGCAAGCCAGAGAAGAAGGACAACAUCUCAACCCCUCCUCCAUUUCCUUCCCUUACUCUCCCCACCACUCUUCCCACCCACUCUCCUUCCUCACACUCAACCCAUCUCCCCCCCACUCUUCUCCUUCCUUCCGUCCACCUCUGCUCCACGGCCUAUCUCCGCGAACCCAGGAUUCUGGUGGGGAAGCUCUUUCUGGUGGACCUUGCAGGCUCAGAGCGGCUCAAGAAGUCAGGUGCGUGUGUAGGUGCCACACUGCGUUCCCCUCCUUUCCCUGCUCUCUCCUGCCCUCCCUCUGCCUCCCUCUGCCCUCCUCUGUCCAGCUUUGAGACGUUCCAUAACCCCUUUCCGCUUGGCAAACCACGUCUCCCUGCUUUUCCUUGUGCCCCUGCCUUGCCGCUCACAGCCAUCCUUUCUGGACACAUCUCACAACCAUCCGAUGGCUGUCUCCUUGUGCUCACAACCAUCCUUGUCUCUUCAUCCGUUGCAGGGAAGUGCAUCAACGCCCGAGCAGACCCCCACGCGCACCAUGUGCCAUUCAGGGACUCGAAGCUCACGCGCCUGCUGCAGGAGUCGCUGGGAGGUAAGAAUCGGGACUCAAAUCUCACCCCCCUCCACGACCUUGUUGACCCCACCACAGGAAACGCCAAGACCUCGUUGAUCAUCAACGUGGCGCCCACCGUCCACCAUCUCAACGAGUCCCUCUCCUCUACUCCCUUUCCCCUGCCACCCUCUCCCUCCCCCCCUCAACUACCUUGCAACGCCAAGACAUCGCUGGUGAUCAACGUGGCGCCCACCGUCCACCAUCUCAACGAGUCCCUCUCCUCGCUACUCUUCGGCUCUCGGGCGAUGGAGGUGAAGACGAAGGCGAUGGUGAACGAGGAGGAGGAGUACCGCAUCCUCACUCGCACCCUGCAUGAAACAGCCACUGAAAGACCUUGUGUGACCUUGCUCUCUGCUUCCCGCUCCCUUCCCCUGCUCCCUUCCCCUGCUCCCUUCCCCUGCUCUCUGCCCCUGUUCUCUACCCCUGCUCUUUGCCCUCCUCUUUGUCUGCACCACCAGGCGAUGGAGGUGAAGACGAAGGCGAUGGUGAACGAGGAGGAGUACCGCAUCCUCACUCGCACCUUCCAUGAGACAGCGAUGGAGGUGAAGACGAAGGCGAUGGUGAACGAGGAGGAGGAGUACCGCAUCCUCACUCGCACGCUGCAGGAGACCAUCGACGAGCAUGACGACCGCGUGCACUCCCUAGAGGUGGUGGUCUAUUCGCAGGAGGAGCAGCUGUCGCAGGCCAAGGCGAGUCUGGAGGAGCAGAAAGAACUGGUGGAGACGCUGCAGGCGGAGAGGGAGGAGAUGGAGCAGAAGCUGGCUGACGGGGUUGCUGCAGUGGAAGAGGAGUGGGCUGCCAAGGCGCUGCAGGCGGAGAGGGAGGAGAUGGAGCAGAAGCUGGCGGAGAGGGUGGUGCAGUGGAAGAGGAGUGGGCUGCCCAGUGAGUUGGCUAAGGGGGGGAUGGUAAGGAUGUGGUUGGAGCAGGCUGAAGCGGAAGCGACGCAGCGAAUGGAGGAGGCACAGCAGACCUUCACCGAGGAGGGAGCAGGCGACGCAGGGCAAGAGCUGAUGGCUGAAGAGGCUUCAAAGGAGAGCGAUAGUGGGGAGAAGGGCAAUGAGGGGGGACUUGUGGAUGGUGAGGGCAGUGGGGAUGGGGAGGAAGAGGGCAGUGAGGAUUGGGAGGAUGGCAGUGAAGUGAAGGAGCUCCUUGGUGCUUUCACCUCUGUGGCUCUCACCCACGUGCAGGUCUGCCACCCCCCCUCUUCCCCUCGCUCUCUCUCUCAUACAUUCUCAUGCCCUGUCUGUCACCCGUAUCUUGCAUGUGUGCUGCCUUUGUGUGGUGUUGCCUUCUCACAUUGCUACUACCGUCUGCAGAAUCUCUCCAAGGCCACGGAGUGCCUUACGAUGGAACGGGAUGAUAUGGCCAAAGAGCUGGCAUCGGCCCGAGAAAUGGUGCAGCGGCUGGAGCAGCAGCUGAGGGAGGCGCAGGAGGCGAAGGGGCAGCAGGAGGAGGCUCUGCUAGUCGCUUCUGAAUCAGGGGACGUGGUGCAGCGGCUGGAGCAGCAGCUGAGGGAGGCGCAGGAGGAGAAGGGGCACCUGGAGGAGGCUUUGCUAAUCGCUUCUGAAUCAGGGGACGUGGUGCAGCGGCUGGAGCAGCAGCUGAGGGAGGCGCAGGAGGAGAAGGGGCACCUGGAGGAGGCUUUGCUAAUCGCUUCUGAAUCAGGGGACGUGGUGCAGCGGCUGGAGCAGCAGCUGAGGGAGGCGCAGGAGGAGAAGGGGCACCUGGAGGAGGCUUUGCUAAUCGCUUCUGAAUCAGGGGACGGUGCUGAUGGCACUGGCGCUGGGCUGCAGCUGUUGAUGACUGAGAAGGCGGCACGGCAGCAGGCAGAGCAGGAGGUGGCAGCAUUGAGAGGGGAGAUGAGCCGUGGACGGGUGAAGUUGGAAGAGACUGAGAAGAAGCUGGCACAGCAGAUAGAGGAAACCACACAGCGUGUUGAGCAGGUGAGGGCGCUCAAGGCGGAGAGCAAGAGGCUGAAUGAGCUCGUGGUGGCAACCAGCAGGGCGCUCGUGGCAGGAGCAGCCGACGCUCCUGGCAGGGCUCUGUCCUCCCUUGAUUACCACUUCUGUGCUCCCAAGAUCAAGACCUGA